GACAUUGCCGCCAAUAAUGUGGGUUCGUUUCUGUCUGGGGCUGAUCAGCAUGUUCAGCAUCCAUCCCACUUCUCCUUCUCAGCCCAUCAGCACCAUCGAAUCGAAUCACAAAGAACAAAUAGAAAAGGAACAACGGAAGCAAGCAAGCAGGAUACACAACCAUGAGUAGCAACCAGUUGGCAACCCAUGGCAACCAGAGGACCAUGAACCUCAAUUCGAUCAUCUUUCAGAACAUCGUGGAAUCGCCCUACCUCAAGACACUCGGCGAAUUGUCGAACUUUCAAGAGAUCGUGAACGAGGCACAACGAAACGUGAAAUCCAUGGAGCCGUAUCUGAAAGGAAGCACUCCGUCAACCGCUUGGGUGGUCAUGUACAAGUUCUGGACGUUGCCUCUGACGGUCCGACAGCUUGAAAACUUGAUUGACCAUCCUCACUCGGUAUACCUGAGAGGCAUUGGGUUCCUGUACUUGAGAUUCGUCUGCAAGCCAGAUCAGCUGUGGGACUGGCUCGGAGCGUACCUCGAAGACGAUCAGGAGAUUAUGCUCCAGAGCGGCGUCAAGCCCGUUUAUUCAACCAUUGGUAAGAUGUGCUACAUGCUGCUGCACGACCAAAAGUUCCUAGGUCAAAUCCUGCCAAGAAUCCCUGUCCUAGUAAUGCGGGAUCUAGAAGUAAAGCUGGAACCGUAUGCCGAUGCUGGACGCGCUAAAACUGGCCAGCGCGACCACCUCAAAAAAGAAAGGCCCGAUCGAGACCGUGGAUCAGGCAGAGGUAGGGAUCGCGAGAGGGAUGAUAACUAUCGUGGUCCCAGAUACGAUCGCGAUCGAUCAAGAUCAAGAGAACGAAGCAGGGAUCGAGGCGGUCGUGGUCGGCGCAGCUACAGCAAAAGUCGCAGUCGCAGCCGUGAUCGCUACCGCGACCGCCGUGAUGAUUACCGUCGUCGCAGUCGCAGUCGAAGCCCAGCCAGACGUUGAAGUUGAGCAAGUGGACCAACUUCAAUGAGUUACCAUCCUGGUAGAGAUUUACCUUUGUGACCUCCAACGUUUGUUUCGUGCAUCGUAUUAAAUUUCUGAUGGUGU